UCCCCGCCGCGGUGCGCUCUUUCAUCUCUCCCUCCCACUCGGCUGAUUCACAGCUUGUGACCCCACGCGGCGGCCUCGUUGAAAAUAGACAACAGAGUGUCUGAGAUGAAAACCGGCAGGUAGCCGUGGGCUGGACACCCUACAAGUCGGUCGGGGCUGCCGCUUCCACUCGGCCUGUAUAUCCGGGGCCUGUCGUCCACCCCCACCUGCAGGAGUUAUCAAACACAAGCCGCCUUAUGGAAGGCUUUAGAUGCCUUAACACUAAAUACAUGUGGAAACAAAUCACACCUUUUUUUUUCUUUCUACGGUUAAUGGACAAUUGCUUUGCUCCUUCAACAUAAAUGUGGGACUCUGCCGCGAUAAAAACAACUCUCAAACAUAAAUCGGUAAUAAGUGGCCAAAGUCACCUAUUGGUUCACGGCCUUUUGAAGCCUGGAGUUCAGCGCUAUCUCAGUCGCCAUCUUGGGUUACGACGGUCGCCUUGUUUUUUUUUAACAGAGGUUUCUUUAUUUGGAAUGUGCAGCGGGGACGUAAAGGUGUCGUAUGUAUGCCAAUUUUAUCGGCAGCAACCUGUCAAUCCCAGUAAGCCCGCCCUAAAGUCUAACCCCCUUCAUGGUGUUGUAGGAAUUUAAGCAUAACAACACGCCUGGUGGUAGAAAUUGUAAUAUGUGUGAUAAUGACUAGUGUUAGAAUCGUGGUAGAAUAGUUUGUGUGUUACUUAUUAACUGCAACAUGAAUUAAAGUACAAUCUAUACAAGUAAUUUAAUUACUGUACACAUGGCAUCCAGCCACAAUGUAAAGUUAAAGCCUGGGGGAAGGACACUCAAACCUUCCUUUUAAGGAUUUAUUCUACAUUUUCUUAAAAUAUUACAUAACGCACUCUUCAUAAACAGAUCUCAGAGUGCGACAGAGCCAGCAAAACAUAGUUGCCACACAGUAAAAAUGAAGUAGAAGCUCAUGAGUAAAAAACGCCUCCCUGAAUAGGCUGUUUUAAGAGUCCAGUGAUCUUAGGCGGUCAUGGAGACCAUAUUUGUGGCGCUGCCGAGCAAAAGGCCCGGUUGCCCAUUGUUUGGGAGCUUGGUUUUGGGGACCCAGAAGAGCGAGUUGCUUGCAGAUCUGAGGAUGCGGGUGGAGGUUCUUGCAGAUGGGGAGGUGCAUGUCCAUUUGUGCAUUUAUGUGUGUGAUCCAAUGAGGGUUUUUUUCUCCUGUCAGGCCGUUUGAGCAGAGGAUGUAGGAAAGCCCUGCGAGUCAAUUGUAUUUGGACCAUAUCAAAUUAAUGAAACAUAAUGGUUAAGAGCUUAUGAAACGUGAUGGUUUAAGAUGUGUUAUUAUUAGUGUAUUAGCUAUUAGCAUGCAUAAUAUUAUCAUCAUCAUCUGUCAUGUUUACACAAAGAGGCUUUAGGUCAAAAACUGAAUAUAUUGUAAUAUUAACUGAAUAGGGAUUGGUCAGGUCAGUGAGGGAUUUCAGAUUCAGUCAUAAAAUGCUUGUAGGGAGAUGUAAGGGAAGAUGCAAAAUAUUUUAUUAUUCACACUGUAUUUUCACUUUAAUUGUAUUCCUUUGUUAGUUAUUGAAUUAUUUUCCCUUUUUAAACUUAAGUCAGUUGAUUCUUUUGUAGAAUCAGCAUCUUGUCCCGCAGCUGAACCUGAUGCAUCGGAUGAGAGCUGCCCGUCUUCCCCCGAGGGGGAGAAGAGCCCCCCUCUCUCCUCGUAAGCCUCAGGCUAUCCUUACAGUCCCGGAGCCCCGUCCAGAGGAAUAAGGAUCCCUAUUUAUCGGGUCUCGACGGAAGCCGCCGGGGGACCGGCCCGGAGGAACCGUCCCACAGCCGGCCGGCCUCCAGCGGGACUUUGAGGAAGAGUUCAAUGUGCACAUAGGCAGCAUUUUCUGUGAUAGGGACUGAGUGUGAGUGCCGGGGCGGGCGGGAGACAUCACUUCUCCACAAGGAAGCCACAGCGUUCGAUCAGAUCUCUACUGACCUCCGUUGGUGGAAUAAUGAAGUUGUUGCAGAGCGACUGGCGCAGGCGGAGGGAAACUAAUGCAAUCUUUACUGUGCUGCAUUUAACUUGUCUUCCGGGUUAAGAUUUGACACCAAUUUUUUAUAUAGAGGUUCCUUACUGUAUAAAAAAGUAGAAUAAACGCCUGGCCGGUGUAAUCCCCCAACGACCAGUCACAGUCUGUCCAAAAUGUCAUCACUUAAUUUCAUCCUACAAGAAAUUUGUGGGAAAUUGUCCCAAUUGACAUAUGAAUUUUUGAAAUCUUGUUUUUGGGAAGUCUGUUACUGUGUGAUCCUGCAAUCCACAGUUCCUGCCACUCUCCAGGCAGGCCACAGCUAUCACCAGCUGUGAGGGGCUCCAUGUCCUGUUUCAUGUUGUGUUUCAGUCAAUUCGACAAAGAUCUUCAAUUUUAAUUUCAAUUUCAAUAGAGGCCCAAAUGAGGUGAAAGGAUCACAUAUUUUACAAAAAAAAGUUGAGGCUAGAUGUCAUUUCGAAAGGCCACGUUUUGUUUUGCAGUGGAACCUUCUGCACCACCCCCACAAGUGGUACAUUAGAAAGCGACCACCAACCAAUUUCCCAACAGCUGGUUGGGCCUCAAAGGAAAAUGAGUUAAUGUGCCGGUUUUGACCACGAGGGGGCGCCCUGACACAAGACCACCGCGCACGCUGUCCCGCAAAGUUGUCGAUAUCAUCACCCGCAUCCCUCAACAUAUGGAGGAUUAUUUAAAGAUUUAACCACAAUUUACUCUGCCUCCUUCGCUUCAGUCGUGUUUUACUCGUGUUUUCCACCGGCUGCCGCGAGGACCGUUGACUCCCCGUUCUCCCCCCCCUUUAUCCUCGAUGCCAGACUCCCCGUUUCAAAGCGUCUCCCCUCCCCCUCCCCACUGCGAGCUGGGUCAAGUUGCCACAACAACACCGGAAGUGAGGAGCUGUGCCUGAAACGGGCUCCACGUUGAAGAACACAUAAUGGAAUGUGGAGCCCGGCGGCUACGUCACCCACAGAUGUCCCGGGGUACCGACUGUAGAAAACUUUCCCGAGGAAUUAGCAACACGAACCCUCUUCCGUUUCACGACGGAGCGGAAUACCCGUACACCAACGAAACCCAGGGGAACCGCUCAUCGGCAGGGAUCCCGUCCCUGCUGGAAUCCCCGCUCAGCCAGCCCCCCGCGCCCGGGAUGACCCCGUCCGGCGGCGCCUCCGUCGCGCUCCCGUUCAAGUUCCGCCCGCGGCGGGAGAGCGUGGACUGGCGGCGGAUCCACGCCGUGGACGUAGACCUGGUGGUGAGCCAGCUGGACCUGGACGCCCUGGAGGAACACAUCGGCAGCGGUCUCCUUCUGCAGGCUGGAGGGCGAGCGGUGCCCGCGGUGCCACAGACCCGUGGACCCGGGUCUGGUGAAGCUCCUGCGGGUUGCCCAGUUUAG